AACCAAAGUUUAAGCUCAUUUCGCAGAAACCGCGCACUUUUGGCAGAUCGCACCCAUCAUUCACUUUUAGGCGGGAGCCAUUUUCACAAUUUGCCACUUCACAUUUUCUCUUUGGCGCCUUACUUUCAUUUCCCCAAACUCAAAUUUUCGCCAUUUCUCCAAAUAUCUCUUUCUUUUUCCCACUAAAUUAUUUCCAAAAAAUUAUUCACUACUUUCUCUGUCUUCCAAUUACUAUACUUCAUAAUUUCAGAUCUCAUUCUCACUUUUAUUUUUCUCUCUCCUCCAUUUUCAUGGAUUCUGAGAGUGAUUUAGAUCAAUUGCUACUUCCACAGUCUGAAACUCCUACCCCAACGGAUCAGAACCCGAAGAUGAAGCGGAUAAAAAAGAACGAUUCGACUGCGAAUGAUGUCACUGCCGGUUCCGCCCCGACUAAUGAGAUUGAUGGGUUAGAUACAGGGAAUGAUGAAUUCGAUGAGUUUGAUCCUUUAUUUGGUGAUUCGAGUCAGUUUUCUGCGAAACGGGUUUUGGAUUUUGAUGACAGUUUUGAUGGGUUUGGGUCUGAGGAUGAUUAUCAUGAUCCUGAUUUUGAGAAGAACAAGAAGAACAAACAGGAGAAGAAGAAAAGGGAAAGUUCGGUUGAGAUUCGUGAUAGUAAAGAGAAGAAGAGAAGAGUGAGGAGUGAUUUAGAGAAGAAUAAAUCGAUUGUUUCGAGUCGAAAAGAGAAGAAAGAGAGGAAAGCUCGUUCAAAUCAGCAAGCAGAUUUUCAAAGGGUGAUGAGAGAUAUGAAAGAUGUGGGAUUUAAGCCUAUUCCUAUGGUUGAGAAAUCGAUUUCUUCGGUGUUGGAGAAGAUCAGAAAAAGGAAGAUGGAGGUGUCGAAAAAAUGGGCUUCCUAUACCGAAGAGGAGGUAGAUGGAGGUGUUGACAAAGACGAGCCGAAGGAAGUUGGAGGUAUUGAAAAGGAUAUGGCUAAAGAAGGAGGAGGUGCCGAAAAAGAUUUGAUUAAGGAAGAUGGAGGUGUGGAAAAAGAUCAGGUUAAGGAUGAUGGAGGUGUUGAAAAGGAUCAGGAAAACGCGGUUCCCUUGAUACCAACAAGUGAAGAAAAACCCGAAUCAAGUGAUGAGCAAACUACUUGUGGCAAUCCUUCUAUGGAUGAAAUCGCAGUCUCAUUUCGUGCUCCGAUCAAUGAUACACAGGACUUGUUACUGGAUUCUGAAAGGAUUAAUUCACAAGACAACGAGUUACCCAGCUGCCCUGAUAAAGACAUAGCUCCAUCAGCACCAUCAAUGAAUUUAAGAUGGGAUUCUGGCCAUUCUGCUGCUGUUGAUGAUGACCUCUCUUCGAGUGAUGAAGAAAGUGACAAGGAAAAUACUGACCCCCACCCAAAACACCUGCAAAGAAGUUCCACUGCGACUGGUGAUCCAGUCAAAGACUUCGUGGAUGAAGAAGCAUUGGAAGAUGAUAGCGAUGAUGAUCUUUUGCGCUCUCAAGAGCAAGACGAGGAGGAUAAUUCAGACAUGGAAGACAAUUGUGAUUAUAUUGCUACUGAUGUUACAGAAAAGCCAAUUGAUGGUGAAAUGCGCAAUCAAUUGCACCAGCAAUGGGAUCAGCAACACGACGAAGCUGUGACAGAAAAGCUCUUGCAGAAGCUAAAGUAUGGUACAAAGAAGAGGGAGCCAUCCAUUUCUGAUGUCGAGGAUGCUGACAGAACAGAUGGUGAUGAAGAAGAAGAAGAAGAAGAAGAAGAAGAAGAAGAAGAAGAAGAAGAAGAAGAAGAAGAAGAAGAAGAAGAAGAAGAAGAAGAAGAAGAAGAAGAAGAAGAAGAAGAAGAUAAGAAUGUACCUCACAUGUCCAGUUCUCGUGCAACUACAAAAAGGCUAAAGCAAAUGAUUCCUCUCAUGUUUACAGAUAAAGAUGAUGGUUUCGUGUCAUCUGAUGACGAAGAAACAGAAAGAAUGUUGUCUAAGCAGUGCUUGCUUCAGAAAGUGGAAAUGGAAAAGCAGCCCAAAGGUAUGCCACCAGUAGCGGAUGAGACAUCGAAAGAAGUUCUAGGUCGUAUAAAGAAAGUUAAUGUUCCUCCUAAAACCAAGAAGAAAGCAAAAACACCAUCAAUUUUUGAAGCUCUACUCAAUAAAGGGAGCAGCAGUGACUCUUCAAAGUCUUCCUUUUUGCGACGAGCAUCCAGCCAUCCUGGGCCUUCAAAUCAUAGGCAUGGACCAAAAACUGGAAAAUCAUUUAUUUUUGGACGAGAUGACAGCAAUAGCCGGAGCUCAAUGACUUCGCUGGAAGACUCACUCAAUAUGGGCCAAAAAGAAAAUCAGCCGAAGAAGAAUACCUCAGCUAAAUUUACUGGCUCUCAGGCCAAAUUGAGUACCCAACACACAGAGAUCAGAAGUGAAACAGCUAAUGGCAGCUCAUUAUAUGACAUACUCAGAAGCUCUUCUGCGGAAACAAGCUAUGAUACUCGUGAUAACGCAGUUGAUCAUGAAGCUGUAUUUGCUGCAUUCAAAUCAGUGAAGAAACAAGUAAAGAUUGAAAGAACUUAUCAAGGACCUUAAAAAUGUGUCUAGUUAUAGUUUUUGUAGGUCUUCGAAAUGUAGUGUUUACUGUUAGUCUGGUAAAUUAUGUGCAUUAUUAUAUGUUAAGGUGUUCAGCCUUUUUGA